GCGGAAAAGCCAUGAUGUUUCCACUCCAUUUUCAUUACGAAGAUGUAUUACGUCAGGGUCUGCUGCUCAAACUGAAUCACGCCAAUGUUAUGGAAGUUCCUGGAUUGUUUCAAAUAAGAUUAGUACCAAAAGCUGCCUCUGAUUUCAGAAUCCAAUUUGGAAAAUUGGCUAUGGAGAUUUUGUGCGGUCAGAGAUUCAUACAGACACAAAGGGGCCCCUAUUUUCAAGCAGGAAAGUCGUUUCGAUCCAAUCCAUUCUUGGGGUCCGAAAAAGACACUGGAUAUGUCAGUCACUUUGCACGACAAAGCGUUCUCCGAGGGCAUGGAAUGUACCAUUUUUUGGUCAGAAUCUUUACAGUAAUGUCUAUGUUGGAUUCUCCGGCCGAAAUAUGGGAAAACUCCAUCAAAUUCGUUAUGGAAACGGAGUUUUGCGAAUUCUCCCCGGAACUGGAAGAUCAUUUCGAGAUCUUCGAGCAUAUUUAAGGGUUCAAUGUGACUAUUGUCACUUCGGCCAAUACAAAAGAUGAGACUUUACUACUGUAGAGCGGCUUUUUGCUAAAAGAUGAGGGGGGGAACUAAGUAAGAUGCCGGAGAAGCGACGAAAUAUACAAGAUCACAAACGUAGAUUGCUCGCGGCUAAAUAUGAAUUGAGACGAAAGCUUUCGAAUUUUGUAACCCGAUCUUCCGUCUGAUAUGCGGGACAAACAUCGUUAUAAGUUGUCCAAGUUGCCAAGAAAGAGUU